AUGGAAAACACCACCCGCCGGCGAACGACCCGGGCGACACACCGCCCCCGACUCCAAAGCGUCGGCUCCGAAACAGCUAGCAUACGAAGUCGGGCCGAGUCCGAAACAGACUUUGACGAGAUCUUGUCUCCUCAACCCCGACCCCAUCCGAAACUCCUAAACACUUCUCAAUUUCUUCUACAACAGAACCAGUCGCGCCCGUUGUCCCCACUCAACCCAAGUCGUGGGCGGACAGCCUCGUUUGCGAGUAUAGGACCGGAAAGUACGCUGCAUGGUCAACCGCACGAGAGUUCCGCGCGGAGGUUCGUUAGGUGGAUGGCCAGGAAUGGGCUACGAGAUUGGACGCCAUGGGUGAUUAUUGCUGGGUCGGUGCUUGUCAAGUGUGCGGUAGGAUUGGGCGGGUAUUCCGGGGAAAGAACUAAACCGAUGUAUGGAGAUUAUGAGGCUCAACGACAUUGGAUGGAGAUUACCUACCAUUUGCCUAUUCCGCAGUGGUACAGCUAUGAUCUCCAGUACUGGGGUCUCGACUACCCACCUCUAACAGCGUAUGUUAGUUGGAUAUGCGGAUUUGUUGCCCACAAAAUCAACCCCGAAUGGGUAGCGCUCGAUGCUUCCAGGGGAUACGAAUCACUCACAAGUAAACAUUUUAUGCGCAUGUCUGUACUCAUCUUAGAGCUAUUGGCAGGUCUCGGCGAACUCAAGUAUAAUUCGGUCAUGCUUGGACUUGCCCUCUGGGCUGUGAACAUGUUUCAUUUGGGGUACGAUGUCAUAGGUGCUGUAUUUUUCGUCGCGAGUCUAGGGUUCAAGCAAAUGGCAUUGUAUUAUGCCCCGGCCGUAGGAUCUUACCUCCUCGGGAAAUGCUUUUGGUUGGGCAAAAAUCACGGAACACGUCACUUUGCACAUUUGGCGCUUACAACCUCUCUUUCAUUCGUCCUGCUCUUCCUUCCAUUUCUUACACCCUCUCUUCUCACACAAUCGAUUAAGCGGAUCUUCCCCUUUGCGCGAGGUCUAUUUGAGGAUAAAGUCGCCAAUUUUUGGUGUGCUUCGGACGUUGUACUCGUCAAAUGGCGUAAACUUGCCUGGAUAAGCGAAGCUGGAUUGCAGAGAGUUGCACUCCUUGUCACACUCCUUGGUAUACUGCCCGGAGCAGGGAUGGUCUUUGGCUGGGGAUUCAUAGGCGGAGCCAAGUCUCCUACAAACAGCUCAAACGGCGAACUUGCACCCAUCAACGAAUCAACCGACCAAUCUACCAAGCUUGCUCGUCGCCGUGGCCCUACACUCUCGCUCUUGCCCUUUGCACUAUUCAGUUGCGCAAUGAGCUUUUUCAUGUUUUCAGUUCAGGUCCACGAAAAGUCGAUUUUGCUGCCGUUGAUGCCGAUCACAUUGUUGCUUGCUGCACGAGAGUCUGAAACCGAUGUGGAAAAUGUCGGGAUGGGAUUGGGCAAUGUGUGGGAGUGGGGCGUACUAGUUAAUAAUGUCGCGAUAUUCAGCAUGUGGCCUUUGUUGAAACGUGACGGGCAAGGACUGAACUAUGUAGUCCUUACGCUCCUUUGGAACUAUUUGGUUGGAUAUGACCCACUAGCACUUUCUACUUCUCUUGUUAAAUUCGUCAGUGUUCUCGCAUACGUAACAAUCGCUUUCAUCCACACACUCGAGGCCUUCAUCCCUCCCCCUACUCGAUACCCAGACUUCUAUCCCGUCUUGAACGUUCUCCUCUCCGCUUCGGUCUUUGGCGCCACGUGGAUAGCUGUGGGUGGAAUCAUGAUGAUCCAAUCAGCCUGGGCCGCAGGUGGAUUCGAUACGGGGUCAGCCUCCCAAAAGCCGAUCCCGCUUAGAUCUCUAAACACGAGCAUAAGCGCCAAGUCUAGUCCGGUUUCACCUAACGUGUCGGAGACAUUUGUCACUGAGAGUGUGAGGAAACGGAGGAGUGGGUUGGGGGAUAUCGGACGGAUUGGGAGUAAUGGGAGUGGGGGUGAUGGCAACUAG